GAGGCACUGAUCGCUGGCUUUCCUCAUCCCCCUAGCCGGGCGCGCAAGGAUGAGGAGCAUCCAAAUCUAACACCCAAGCCAUCCCUUAAAACCCUCCGUCGCAACUACAUGAUCCACGAGCUGCCUCUUCUCCACGAGCCUAAUCCUUACUACAACAAUGACAGCGACCAGCAACAGUUCCAUCCGCUUCAAGAACCAGGCCUCUCAUAUGAUUUGAUUGCUCCAGCCGCAUCGGACGAUGCUGCUCCCCUCCACAGCCUUGAGCGUCUCGCCGACCUCAUGUUCUCUUCGGAACACAUGCUCUCUAUUCUCAAUAAUCCACGCUAUCUUGCGCGAUUUCGCGAGUUUUUGCUCGAGGAACGUCCGCGCUCGCUUGCCCUCCUGACUUACUACCUCACAGCCCGCAAGGCUCUUCUAGCCAUUGACUAUGCCAACGCGCUCGUUCGGUCCGUCGUCGACGCGCCUCCGGUCACAAUUGCGACGCCCGACCCAAUCGUGGGCCAAAUCUCCCAUCCGGUGCUGUACCAGCGCGUCACAGAGGCUCUGCAGGCCCUCACAGCGGAGGAGCUUCCCGCUUUCAUCACCGCCCGCUGUAUCAGCUUGACGAGUAGAGUGGUCGAGGAGCGCGUACGCGGGACUCUCCCGCCCAAAUUCCAGGGUGCGUCCGAUGCGCUGGCGGAGGUGUUCUGCUUGACCGAUCCGUCACGACGGGACAACCCAAUCAUUUUCGCCUCAGAGGAAUUCCAUCGCACGACUCAAUACGGCAUGGAUUAUGUGCUUGGUCGCAAUUGUCGGUUUUUACAGGGGCCGAAGACCAACCCGAACAGCGUGAGACGCAUUCGCGAGGGCAUCGAGAAUGGAAGGCAUCAUUCCGAGCUGUUCCUGAAUUACCGCCGCGAUGGCUCCCCGUUUAUGAAUCUACUACAGUGCGCCCCACUGUGCGACAGCCGUGGCACGGUGCGAUACUUCAUCGGCGCCCAAAUCGACGUCUCCGGUCUGGCCAUGGACGGUGCACAGAUGGAGUCCCUGCGCGCUCUGCAGGCAAAGCAACAUGACGGCGAAGACGACGACGACAUCGACCGUCCCAAGGACGAAUUCCGGCAGCUGACCGAGCUGUUCAGCCCGCGGGAGUUGACCGUCACGCACGAGGUCGGCGGGACGCUCUUCCACCCCAGCGCGGCGUCCAGUACGGCUGGGAUGUUGGAUCGGGGCAGCUGGCAGGCGAUGAGUCGGACGUGGUCGAUGGUCGAGGAUGAGGCCAUCCGGGAGCGAGAGGUGAAGGAGUCCAUGUGGAGAGGCUCGUUGACCGGGGUGUAUGAAAACUACCUUCUGGUACGACCGUACCCCUCGCUGCGGAUUCUUUUCACCUCCCCCGCGCUCCAGAUUCCCGGCAUGUUGCAGUCCUCCUUCCUCUCGCGGAUCGGGAGUACCUCAACGGUGCGUGAGGAGCUGCUCGAGGCACUGAAAGGGGGGCGGAGCGUCACCGCACGCAUCAAGUGGGUGACGAGGUACAACACCCAAGGACGCGAUCGAUGGGUCCACUGCACGCCAUUGCUGGCGAGUAAUGGGGAGGUGGGGGUCUGGAUGGUGGUAGUUGUGGACGACGAUUGA